AUGGAGGCCAAGCCGGGCCCCCUUCCUGGCAGCCCUCAGGACACAGCAGAUGGGCAGGGCCUGGGCAUGCGCCGGGCCGAGGUCAUCUUCGGAGGGUCUGGGAAGAAACGUGGCCAGCUGGUGAAGGUGCCCUGUGGCGUGAGCCCCUCGGCACUUUUCAACCUACUCCUCGGUGAGUGGCAGCUGCCGGCCCCCACGCUGGUGGUGUCCCUGGUGGGCGAGGAGCGCCCUCUGGCCAUGAAGUCCUGGCUACGGGACCUGCUGCGCAAGGGGCUUGUGAAGGCUGCCCAGAGUACAGGGGCAUGGAUCCUGACCAGUGCCCUCCGCGUGGGCCUCACCUGGCAUGUCGGGCAGGCUGUGCGCGACCACGCGCUAGCCAGCACAUCCAGCAAGGUGCAUGUGGUUGCCAUCGGCAUUGCGUCGCUGGGCCAGGUCCUGCACCGGGGACACCUGGAACCAGCCCAGGAGGACGCCCCGGUCCAUUACCCUGAAGAUGAUGGUGGCGGCCAGAGCCCCCUCUGCCCGCUGGACAGCAACCUGUCCCACUUCCUGCUGCUGGAGCCGGGCCCCCGGGGGCAGGAGGAGGAGCUGAUGGAGCUGUGCCUGCGGCUGGAGAGGCACAUCUCCCAGCAGAGGACAGGCUACGGGGGCACCAGCAGCAUUGAGACCCCUGUCCUUUGCCUGCUUGUCAGCGGCAGCCCCAGCGUGCUGGAGCGGAUUUCCAGGGCAGUGGAGCAGGCGACCCCGUGGCUGGUCCUGGCCGGCUCAGGAGGCAUGGCUGACGUGCUGGCCGCCCUGCUGGGCCAGCGCCAUCUCCUGGUGCCCCAGGUGGUGGAGAAGCAGUUAAGAGAGAAGUUCCCCGGCCAGACUUUCUCCUGGGAGGCCAUUGGGCACUGGACCAAGCUGCUACAGCGCGUCGCAGCGUAUCCGCAGCUGCUCACCGUGUAUGACUUUGAGCAGGAGGGCUCUGAGGACCUGGACACAGUGGUGCUCAAGGCGCUGGUCAAAGCCUGCAAGAGCCACAGCCAGGACGCCCGAGACUACCUGGACGAGCUCAAGCUGGCUGUGGCCUGGAACCGCGUGGACGUGGCCAAGAGUGAGAUCUUCAAUGGGGACGUGGAAUGGCAGUCCUGCCACCUGGAGGAGGUGCUGAUGGAUGCGCUGGUGGGCAACAAGCCUGAGUUCGUGCGCCUCUUCGUGGACAGCGGGGCUGACGUGGGCGCCUUCCUGACCUACGGGCGGCUGCAGCAGCUGUACCGCUCUGUGAGCCCCAAGAGCUUGCUCUUCGACCUGCUGCAGCGCAAGCUAGACGAGGGCCGCCUGACGCUGGCCGGCCUGGGCGCCCCUGAGGCCAGGGGCCACCCAGCUGGGCCGCCGGCCUUCUCGCUGCACGAGGUGUCCCGCCUGCUCAAAGACUUCCUGCACGACGCCUGCCGUGGCCUAUACCAGGACAGCCGGGCUGCAGGCCGCAGGAGGACGGAGAGGGGACCCAGCAAGCGGCCCACGGGCCACAAGUGGCCGCUGGACCUCAGUGAGAAGAGCGAGGACCCCUGGCGGGACUUGUUCCUGUGGGCUGUGCUGCAGAAUCGCCAUGAGAUGGCCACCUACUUCUGGGCCAUGGGCCAGGAGAGCGUGGCAGCUGCUCUGGUGGCCUGCAAAAUCCUCAAGGAGAUGGCUCACCUGGAGACAGCCGCCGAGGCCGCCCGCACCCUGCAGGAGGCCAAGUACGAGCAGCUGGCUCUGGAUCUCUUCUCUGAGUGCUACAGCAACAGCGAGGAGCGCGCCUUUGCCCUGCUGGUGCGCCGGAACCGCAGCUGGAGCAGAACCACCUGCCUGCACCUGGCUGCCGAGGCCGACACUAAGGCCUUCUUUGCCCAUGACGGCGUGCAGGCUUUCCUGACCCGCCUCUGGUGGGGGGACAUGGUGGCGGGCACAGCUGUGCUGCGGCUGCUGGCUGCCUUCACCUGCCCGGUCCUGAUCUACACCAGCCUCAUCACCUUCAGCAAGGAGGCCCCGCUGCGGGCAGGCCCGGAGGCUGCACAGGAGCUGGACGAGCUGGCCUCUGGCAGGAGCCUCCUGGGCAGCCGGCGGGAGGAACUGGUGCCAGCGCCGAGUGGCUGGCGAGACCGGGGUCCCUGGGCUGCUUUCCUGCUCACUCGCUGGCGCCAGUUCUGGGGCGCGCCCGUGACCGUGUUCCUGGGCAACGUGGCCACGUACUUCGCCUUCCUCUUCCUGUUCGCCUACGUCCUCCUGCUGGACUUCCGGCCCCCUCCGCAGGGCCCCGCGGGGCCUGAGGUCGGCCUGUACUUCUGGGUCUUUACGCUGGUGCUGGAGGAGAUCCGGCAGGGCUUCUUCACGAACGAGGACAUGCCCCUUGUGAACAAGAUCUCGCUGUACGUGGAGGACAACUGGAACAAGUGUGACAUGGUGGCCAUCUUCCUGUUCGUGGCGGGCGUCACCUGCAGGGUGCUGCCCGCGCUGUUCGAGGCCGGCCGCACCGUGCUGGCCAUGGACUUCAUGGUGUUCACGCUGCGGCUCAUCCACAUCUUCGCCAUUCACAAGCAGCUGGGCCCCAAGAUCAUCAUUGUGGAGCGGAUGAUGAAGGACGUCUUCUUCUUCCUCUUCUUCCUGGGCGUGUGGCUCGUGGCGUACGGCGUGGCCACCCAGGCGCUGCUGCACCCGCACGAUGGCCGCCUGGAGUGGAUCUUCCGCCGCGUGCUCUACCGGCCCUACUUACAGAUCUUCGGGCAGAUUCCGCUGGAUGAGAUGGACGAGGCCCGUGUGAACUGCUCCGUGCACCCCCUGCUGCUGGAGAACUCGCCCUCCUGCCCCAACCUCUACGCCAACUGGCUGGUCAUCCUGUUGCUGGUCACCUUCCUGCUUGUCACCAACGUGCUUCUCAUGAACUUGCUCAUCGCCAUGUUCAGCUACACAUUCCAGGUGGUGCAGGGCAACGCGGACAUGUUCUGGAAGUUCCAGCGCUACAACCUCAUUGUGGAGUACCAUGGCCGGCCGGCCCUGGCCCCACCCCUCAUCCUGCUCAGCCACCUGAGCCUGGCACUGCGGAGGCUCCUCUGCAAGGAGGCAGGGCCCGCACGGGAGCGCCUGGAGAGAGACCUGCCCGAGCCUCUGGACCAGAAGAUCGUCACGUGGGAGACGCUGCAGAAGGAGAACCUGCUGAGCAGCCAGGAGAAGCUGCACAGGGACAGCCAGGGCGAGGUGCUGCGCAAGACGGCCCACAGGGUGGAGCUCAUCGCCCAGUCCCUUGGAGGACCGCGGGAGCAGGAGCGGCGCCUCAGGUGUCUGGAGUCGCAGGUCAACUACUGCACCGUGAUCCUGUCCUCGCUGACUGAUGUGCUGGCCCAGGGUGGCACCCCCCGCAUGGGUACGUGUGGCAGGCCAGCGGCUCUGCCUUGCUUGGGCUGCCUGUGGCCAGGACCGGGGGUGCCCAGGGCUGCAGCCCGAGUGGACAGGACCUCACAGACCACGGAGGGGCCACCGGCGGCGCGGAGCACCCGCAAGCUGCCCAGCCACCCUCAGACCCCUGAGUAUGUCCUGUACUGA